CAAUUGAUUGACACGGAAAGGAAUCAGAUUCCUUAGAGCACGAGGAGGGGUUGAUGGUGCCUUAGAAGGCCUCUUGGAGUGCUCAAAAAGCUACACACACAUCACUAUUCCUAUAAACAAUGGACAACCAAGUAAAGUAAACAAAAUUAUGCAACUUUCUUCAAACCAUUGGCACCAUAAGAAGGAUCAAAAUUCACAUUUUGUUGACAUAGUUUUCAAUUGAAAUUUCUCUCUCUUUAUUCUGAAUGGGACUCACAGCACUGAAGGCAGAGAAUCUGAAGCCAGUAAUCCUCCUCAAAGCUGGUGUUCCCUUGGCUGUAUCUUUGGCUGGUUUGAUCUAUGCAUGGAUUGUUGCAAAGAAAAACUUAUCUACCAAAGUUUUUUCUUCACCAGAAAAAGAGUGUGUUUCUCCAAAAAUCACUUGUCAUCAAGGAACAAAACAUGAAGAAAGCUUUCUUCACAAUCUUUCUUCUAUUAAAUAUGAAGAAUCAUCAUUUUCUCCCAUGAAUAGCAGUGUUCUUUCUGGGAGCUUGGUGAUCCAUGAUCACAACAACUGUUGUUUGGAACAAGAGAUCACUAGCCUAAGAAGCCAAAUUGAAGGACUUCAAAUGAGGGAAUUGGCCUUGCGUUUGCAGUUUGAGCUGUAUUGUGAAAUGAAGGAACAAGAAUCUUUGCUUCUAGAUGUCAAAAACAUGUUGUCUUUGGAGAAUGAUCGCGCUGAGUUCUUGAGUAAAGAGAUUUCGUCGAUAGAGACCGAGACUAAGAGGUUGGAGAGUUUUGUAGUCCAAUACAUGAGUGUUGUUGAAGAGCAUCAAUAUUGGAAAUCACAGAAUAGGGUGCUUCAAAGGAGGGUUCAAAGGCUACUUAGGGACUCAAAGGCCAAAUCUCGUUUGAUAAAGUGUCAGGCUUUGAAGAUCAAAGAGAAAGAAGAAGAGAUAUUGAGAAACCAUGAUGCCUUGCAAACAAGGGUAUGUGUUAUUAACAAGUUAGAGGGUGAAAUCAUGGAGCUACAAAGGAUUUUGGAACAAUUGGAGGAUGAGAAGGACGAGGUUGUGAAGAAGCUUGAAACCGCAGAAGCGUAUGCAUCUAAGUUAGACAAGGAAAAGAUGCAUAGAAAACCUUUGAAAUACUAUUUGGAGGUUGAAUCAAGAGAUGUGAAUAAGGAGGACUACACCAAGGUUCUCAGUGAAUUGGAGGAAAUCAAGAAGGAUCGCGCAACUGAAAUUGAAGAGCUGAUUCAUCUGAGGAGGGUCAAUGCUUGCUUAAGGGAAGAGUUGAUGAGGCACUAUGAAGAACAACAUGAGCAAGAUAGAGAUCAUGAAGAAGUGGAAUUUGAAGGAGGCUUAGGAGUUGUGAAAUAUGAGUCAGAGCAUGAAUUGCAUCAUUCCCUUUUGGAGCAUCAAAAUGGUUCUUCUGCUCAUGGUGAUCAUGCUGCUUCCAAAAGGAGAAAGUUGCUUAAGAGGCUCAAGAGGUGGGUUGAAGGAAGUGAAAAGGUAAGAGUGAAGCCUGAAAUAAAGUGCCUUGAUAUGCAUUCUGGUUCCUAUGGAUCAAAGAAACCACAAGUUCCUCCAAGUGUAAGGUUCUGCUCUAGUGCUUGAAUCAAAAUACCAUAGCAACUCUUCCCUUUAAAAAAAAGUCAAAAGGUAAUUAGACCAAGUCAUGAUCAUAGUAGAACAAAACUUAGAUACAGUUUCUUUUAAGUAUUUUUAUGUUGUUUUUCAAUCAGAAUUGGUGUUUCGAAAAUAAGACUUUGAUUGAAAAACAGCACAAAAGAAACACCUUAAGAACUGGCUCUAAGUUUUGACCAUCACAAUAUAGCAAUUGAUACUAGACAAAUAAAGAAACUUGGAUGUUGGUUUAGAAGCAGUGACACUGAGUUUGUUGCAAAAUAAAUGGUGACGCCAUUUCAUAAUAAUUUGUACAUUUCUGCAAGGCAUUCGGACUUUAUUAAACAAAUGAGUCGUUUUCAUUAA